CCGAUGCUGAAGAAUUCGUAGGUAAGGGUUGUCAGUUUAAGUUUAUUUGCUACGGUGUAGAAAGCUUUAGUGCUAGCGUUUGGAUUUAUUUCCCUUAGCAUGUAUGCGAGAAGGAUGGUUAAGUUAUUUAGUUUGUUGUUUGAAAGCGACGGUUGUCAGUGGAGGCUUUUGAAGAAGGGUAGUGCGUCGUCUAAAAAUAGCGACCAAUGAAAAAUUACAAAACAUAGUGUAUGUUUAAUAUUUCGAAGGCGCUCACAGCCAUCGUCUCAUUGGCCUGUGCCGGCUCCUAUAUUGUGAUAUUGGAGACGGGGCCCAGCUUACAGAUUGGAAAGCGGAACAAGUGCAGCGACACCAAGCGGAGGAUCCGGGAACCAGUCUAGUGGGGGCCCAGCUUUAUACCAGCUCCUAGCUUGGCGCAAGUUUACGACGCGCAUAGGGAGCCGGGAACCAGCUUUACAAAGUGGAGGACCCAGGAACCAGUUUAGUACUUCCGUAAGUCAGAAUGGCGUGCGUUCCUUUUUUUCGGAAACUCGACAGUUAUUCACGCAUUGAUAUGUUGUGAUAUUUAUGGUGUGGAUGGAGAAAUUGAAUACAUGACACUUUUUAUGGAUAGCAACACAAAGUGUUACUGUUAAACUGCAGCUUGAGAUGGAUGGAAGUGUUGAGUCUGUGCUCAUGGAAAGAAUCACAGAUGGUCAGCUGUUAAUUACUCAGAUAAGGGAAUGUGUGGAGUUCAGAGAUGCCAAAGGACUCAAAACGUACAUCCUUGAACACAAGUUGUCUGACCAGAGUGUGUUCUGGGAACUGACCUCCGAGCUGACACAAUAUGUUACUGAAGAUAUUCUUGAUAAGAAUCCUAAUUUCUUUGAAGCAUGUGAAAGAUGCUUGUCUUAUCUUGUCCGCAAUGGUAACCCCAAAGAGAUGAUUCUGGCACUCUUGGAACAGGCUGACUGUUUCAAUGAUGAUGUUAAGUACAGGACACUCUUAAAAUUAGUGCAAGCAACCCUUCUGAAAUUGCCCUCUAAAAGAUUUCAUUCUUUGGACAUUGCUUUGGAAACACUGUCGGCUCAUGUUAAAUCUCUACAAGUUCCUCAAUUUGCAGAUUUUGAAGAUGAAGAACGACAACUGCAUGACACUGAUAUCAAUGUCCACAGAAUUGAGGAUGUGGUUUCUGCUUACCUCAACUUCUUAAGACCAUUUGUAGAAGAAGUAUCCUUGUUCAAGGCAUGUAGAACAGGGAAGAAUAAUCCCCAGGUCUUAACCCUGAAGAAACAUCUUCUUUUUCUCCUGGAGCACCCUUUGGCCUACUUAGAUUUGGAAUAUGAUAGAAAAGAAGAAAAGGCUAAGACAACAAGCAGGUGCCUAGCUGAAAGAACUCUUGAUCUUCUUGUACAUGUGGAAAGAAACUUUCAUAAGUACCUGGAGCUGGCACGCUGUGGUGGAGCAUGUGUAGAUGAUUUGGAGGAAGCAGAAGAUACAGAUGCUAUGGUGAGAGAGAAUGAGGAAAACGAGAGGCGUCUUGAUGGUCAGAAGCGAAGUGCUUUUGAGAGAGAUGAUAAUGACAAGAUGGAGAACUGGAAGUAUGUGAAGUCAGUCCCUAAGCUUGCCCAAGCUUGUUUGUCAUACUUGAUGUAUGUGGAGCAUCUUGGCCUUAACAGACUACCAACCAUUUACAGCUGGGACUUUCUUCUGGAGUUCAACCUGCCCUUUAUCUCCCUCUGUCUUCAGAGACAGGAAUUCCUUAUUGUUCACAAAGGGUUGCUCUUGUUGAACAGCUUCUUGGAUGUGCUUAAGCUUGGUUCACUUUCAGCUGAUGUAUUAGAUAACAGUGCUUACAUGACCAUGACCUCUGAUGUGCUAGCAAUCGUGAUCCACUGUCCUGCAAGGAAACUGAGACAGAUGUGUGUACAACUUUUACCAGUAUUCAUCAAAUGUUUCAGUAGUGAAGGGCAAUACAAGCUCCUUCAUAUGAUUAUUGCAUCGUGUGAACACUCUGGUGUCCAAGGCUUUGUCACACAGAUACUCAAGGAACAGAUCAGUGAUAACCUCCAGUGUGAACUUCCAAAAAGAUUUUUCAUUGGAAACUCUCUUGACAAGAUUUUGAAGUUGUUGGUGAAACUGCCUGAUGGUCCGGCAACUGAUCUGUUGGAGAAUUCUGAUAGAAUAAUCUCUGUGUUGAACCUUCUGAGAUUCCUUAUCAUUCGAGACAAACCAAAUCAGAACGUGACAGGAAUAUGGACCAGCUUCCCGAGAUAUGAAACACAAUUUAUUGAUGCCUUAAGAAUGGGCUUGGACAUGUCAACAGCUCACUAUAAACUUGAGCUCACCAACCUCCUGGAAGCUAAGGGAGACCAACGGGCUAUUCCAGAGGACCUGGACUUCAGUGUAUGUGUGGGAGGAGAGUCUCUGUCUGCUAUGCCUAAGGGGCAGCGAAUCAGUGUGUUGCAGUCAGCCCUGAUUACAUUUGAUAUGAUUGAGAGCCUAAUGGUGAGACUCCUUGAACUGCGGGACCAACAGAAGGCAGCAUAUGGCAAAUAGCAUUCUUUUGUUGUGUUGUCAUUGUGUAUUCUAGUAAAUAUUACUGAUAGUAUUGUAAUUGUAACCAUUCAACAUACUGUGGCUUAAAAAUAAAUAUGAUGUUCCCUGUGAAAA